UGCACGCUGAAAAGAAGGAGUUUGUUUUCUUGUCCAAGAGACCGGCGGAGCGCACUUGACUGAAAGGUCACGUGCCGGACGUCCGCGCAUGUUCCGUGAAACAAUGAUGGCGAGGCCUCCUGGGUUAGUUGUAUAUCUCUACGUAUCACUUGUAUACAUCGUUUGUCUAACGCAAGGAGCAAGAAGAAUGAACGUCCUGUUUCUGGUGGCGGACGACAUGAGACCGGAGUUGAACGCGUAUUUAGGUGCUGACUUCCCCAGUCUGGUACAUCCGAAAAUUCACAGUCCCAGUCUGGAUGCCCUCGCUUCAAGAAGCUUAGUUCUGAAGAGAGCCUACUGUCAACAGGCCGUCUGUUCUCCGAGCAGGACUUCGCUACUAACUGGGCGGCGACCAGACACCACGCAUGUCUACAAUUUGCAGGACUAUUGGAGGAAAGUUGGCGGAAAUUUUACUACUAUACCGCAAUACUUCAAGCAGCAAGGCUACCACACUGUUGGAAUGGGAAAAGUAUUUCACCCUGGCUCUGCAUCCCAUCAUGAUGAUCCCAUUUCGUGGUCUGAACCUUACUGGCACUCACCAAGUCGUAUGAAUUACUGGAAGUUAAACAGAGUGCGCCAUCAACAUAGCUGGUUGGUAGCCAAUCACAGCCUUCAACAAGCUCAUCCUCUUCCAGAUACAGAAAUAGCUACUCACGCUGUUGACGUUCUUAAACGGGUUGCACCAGGUGCAUUGUCGGGAAAGGUUCCCUUUUUUGUUGCAGUCGGAUUUCACAAGCCACACCUGCCGUUUGUUGUCCCAGAGGAAUACUUUCGGUUAUAUCCUCGGAAUGAUAUUAAAUUGCCAGACAACCCAUAUGCUCCCACUGACAUGCCAAGUAUUGCUUGGUCGGACUAUGGUGAGCUAAGGAACUACUUUGACGUAAAAGAUGUUCAUGCAUCAGGUGCCAUCAAUACUACUUUGCCAGACAGAAUGGUGAAAGAUCUUCGUAGAGCUUACUACUCAGCAAUCAGUUUUGUGGACGCGAUGAUUGGCAAGGUGAUUACAGAGCUGGAAAAGCUGGGUUUGGCAAAUAACACUAUCAUCAGCUUCUGGGGUGAUCAUGGCUGGCAAUUAGGAGAACAUGGAGAAUGGACAAAACACACCAAUUUCGAGGACUCGACUCAUGCUCCCAUGAUGGUUCACAUACCUGGCAAAACCGAUGGUGGCAUCACCACAGAGAAACUGACAGAAUUCGUUGAUCUUUUUCCAACAUUGGUAGAUGCGGUUGGUUUGCCUUCACUGGACUUGUGUCCUGAAGAUUCUUCCGACAUCGAAGUCUGUCGUGAAGGGGUGAGCUUGCUGCCACUCAUUGCCAACCCAAAGGAUGUUGAGUGGAAGACAAAAGUGUUCUCUCAAUAUCCAAGGCACCAAAGUCACAUGGGUUAUUCUAUGCGAACUGAUAGGUAUCGAUACACUGAGUGGGUUCACUUUAAACAUUAUCCUGACUAUCGUCCUGUUUGGAUGAAGUUGAAUGCAACAGAGCUGUAUGACCAUCACACAGAUCCAGAGGAGAACCACAAUCUUGCUUGCGAAGAGACCAUGCAAGUCACAGUAAAGAAGCUAAAACGAGAGCUACAUGCUGGUUGGCGGGCUGCUCUAUGAAUGAAACAAGUACAUCAAUACAUAGCUGACACCAGAAAACCAGUAUGAUGUCUUUAGAUUGGUUUUUUGUGUUUUGUUGUUUGGAAUAGUUGUUUGGAGUGUAGUUGUUGUAGUAUGUUUCACUACCUGGAUGGUCGUAGUUUCAAAUGAUUCUAAUGUUGUAGCACGUCUGA